UACGUAAAAGCGGCUCUCCCCAUCAGUCAAAGUUCAAAACUGGAAAUCAUGGCGUCUGAAACAAGUAGUGCAGAGCUGAAGAGAAAAUUGGAUGUUGAUGAAGAAAACGGUGGUGAUGCUGGAGACGAGGAAUGGGUUGGUCCGAUGCCCAAUGAGGCGACACAUCAAAAGAAAAGAAAAGUGCUGGACUAUGAGCGCGUGUACCUGGAUAAUCUUCCCUCUGCAGCCAUGUAUGAACGGAGCUACAUGCACAGAGACGUCAUUACUUAUAUUGUCUGUUCAAAAACUGACUUCAUCAUCACAGCCAGUCAAGAUGGCCAUGUCAAAUUCUGGAAGAAAAAGGAGGAGGAGGGAAUUGAGUUCGUGAAACACUUUCGCAGCCAUCUAGGUGUGGUUGAGUGCAUUGCAGUCAGUGCGGAGGGUGCUCUGUUCUGCUCUGUUGGGGAUGACCAGGCCAUGAAAGUGUUCGAUGUGGUCAAUUUUGACAUGAUCAACAUGCUCAAGCUGGGCUUCCAUCCUGGCCAGUGUGAAUGGAUCUACAAUCCAGGCGAUGCCAUCUCCACCGUGGCCUGCUCGGAAAAAUCUACAGGGAAGAUCUUCGUGUAUGACGGCCGCGGAGACAACGCGACACUCCACACAUUCGACAAGUUGCACUCCUCCCCCCUCUCCCAAAUCCGUCUGAACCCACGUUUCCGGGUCAUCGUCUCCGCUGACAAAGCAGGCAUGCUGGAGUAUUGGACUGGCCUCCCCAGUGAAUUCAAGUUCCCCAGACAAGUUUCCUGGGAAUUUAAGACUGACACAGACUUGUACGAAUUUGCCAAAUGCAAAACCUAUCCCACCAGUCUGGCAUUUUCGCCUGACGGCAAGAAAAUGGCCACCAUUGCCUCGGACCGCAAAGUGAGGAUUUUCAGAUUCCUGACCGGGAAGCUGAUGAGAGUGUUUGAUGAGUCGUUGACUAUGUUCACAGAGCUGCAGCAGAUGCGACAGCAGCUCCCCGACAUGGAGUUUGGCCGCAGGAUGGCCGUGGAGAGGGAGCUGGAGAAGGUGGACGGCAUUCGGCUGACAAACAUCAUCUUCGACGAGACGGGACACUUUGUCCUCUACGGGACCAUGCUGGGCAUUAAGGUCAUCAAUGUGGAAACCAACAGAUGCGUUCGGAUCCUGGGAAAGCAGGAGAACAUCCGCGUCGUGCAGCUGAGUUUAUUCCAGGGCAUCGCCAAGGCUGCCCAAGCCGCCACCACCAUUGAGAUGAAGGCCUCGGACAACCCAGCCCUGCAGAGCAGCGAACCCGACCCCGUCAUCUUCUGCACGGCCUUCAAGAAGAAUCGCUUCUACUUGUUCACCAGGAGGGAACCUGAAGACACCAAGAGUGCCGACUCGGACAGGGACAUCUUCAACGAGAAACCGUCCAAGGAGGAGGUCAUGGCUGCCACACAGGCAGAGGGCCCGAAGAGGGUCUCAGACAGCGCCAUCAUCCACACCACCAUGGGAGACAUCCACAUCAAGCUCUUCCCUGUCGAAUGUCCAAAAACGGUGGAGAACUUCUGCGUUCACAGCAGGAACGGCUAUUUCAACAGUCACAUUUUCCAUCGUGUCAUCAAGGGCUUCAUGAUCCAGACGGGGGACCCCACUGGAACAGGGAUGGGUGGGGAGAGCAUCUGGGGCGGAGAAUUUGAGGACGAGUUCCAUGCUACGCUGAGGCACGACCGCCCCUACACGCUCAGCAUGGCCAACGGUGGCCCUGGAACCAACGGCUCCCAGUUCUUCAUCACUGUCGUCCCUACUCCCUGGCUGGACAAUAAGCACACGGUGUUUGGGAGGAGCACGAAGGGAAUGGAGGUUGUCCAGAGGAUCUCCAACAUGAAAGUUAAUCCAAAAACGGACAAGCCCUACGAAGACAUCAGUAUCAUUAACAUCACCAUCAAGUGAACAGAAAAGGCUUUGUAUUGCAUUUUUUUUUUUAAAGCUAGUUGAAUUGAAAUGUACAGAAUGCAAAUAAUGAAUGUAAGACAGAAAUACCUUCAGAUGUUGUCUUUGUAAUCUUGACUUUUUAACUGCAGUAAAGAUAAUUUCCUAA